CCUCGCUAAGGAGAAGAAAGGAGCCGCCCCCUUCGUCGCCAGCCCCCUCCUCACUUCCCGUCCGGCGCGCUGCUCUCUUCCCCCUCAGGGAGCGAGCAGGAGGCGGCCCCGGCGGAGCGGUAGGAGCUGGCAGCGGGGCGCAUGCCAGGUGGGGGUCCCCAGGGCCCCCCGGCCGCCGGCGGCGGCGGCGGCGUAGGCCACCGCGCAGGCAGCCGGGAUUGCUUACCACCGGCAGCGUGCUUUCGGAGGCGGCGGCUGGCACGGAGGCCGGGCUACAUGAGAAGCUCGACAGGGCCUGGGAUCGGGUUCCUUUCCCCAGCAGUGGGCACACUGUUCCGGGUCCCAGGAGGGGUGCCUGGCGAGGAGUCCCACCACUUGGAGUCUAGGACCAGAGAGUGUGGCCUUGACCUGAGAGGCCUCUUGGUCGGGAGCUCUGUUUCCAAGAGCGCAACAGCCCCUGCUGUGACCUCUGUGAGAGGAACCUCGGCACACUUUGGGAUUCAGCUCAGAGGUGGCACCAGAUUGCCUGACAGGCUUAGCAGGCUGUGUGGCCCUGGGAAUGCUGGGUGGCAGCAAGAGUUUGCAGCCAUGGACAGUUCUGAGACCUUGGACGCCAGCUGGGAGGCAGCCUGCAGUGAUGGAGCAAGGCACGUCCAGGCAGCAGGCUCUGUGCCAUCAGCAGAGUUGAGUAGCAAUCGCUGCAACCCUGGCUGUGGCCCUGAGGACCCCCCAACCCCUCCUGGCUCUCGCAGUGCCUUUGCCUCAAGCUUUAGCUUUAUUCGGCUCUCGCUUGGCUCUGCCGGGGAACGUGGAGAAGCAGAAGGCUGCCCGCCAUCCAGAGAGGCCGAGUCCCCUUGCCAGAGCCCCCAGGAUAUGGGAGCCAAAGCUGCCAGCUUGGACGGGCCUCAUAAGGACCCUCAAUGUCUCUCUCGGCCCUUCAGUCUCUUGGCUACACAGGUCUCAGAAGACUUGGCCCAGACCGCAGGGAACAGCUCCAGGCCAGAGUGUGAGAUGCAUUCUUUACCGGACAUGGAACCUGGUUCCUCCAGUUCUCUGGAUCCCUCAUUGGCUGGCUGUGGUGGUGAUGGGAGCAGCGGAUCGGGGGAUGCCCACUCUUGGGACACCCUGCUCAGGAAAUGGGAGCCAGUGCUGCGGGACUGCCUGCUGAGAAACCGGAGGCAGGUGGAGGUAAUAUCCUUAAGAUUAAAACUUCAGAAACUUCAAGAAGAUGCAGUUGAGAAUGAUGAUUAUGAUAAAGCUGAGACAUUACAACAAAGAUUAGAAGACCUGGAACAAGAGAAAAUCAACCUGCACUUUCAGCUUCCUUCAAGGCAGCCAGCUCUUAGCAGCUUCCUGGGUCACCUGGCAGCACAAGUCCAGGCUGCCUUGCGCCGUGGGGCCACUCAGCAGGCCAGUGGAGAUGACACCCACGCCUCACUCAGAACGGAGCCGAGGCUGUUGGAACACACUGCUCAGGACAGCUUGCACGUGUCCAUCACGAGACGAGACUGGCUUCUUCAGGAAAAGCAGCAGCUACAGAAAGAAAUUGAAGCUCUCCAAGCAAGGAUGUCGGUGCUGGAAGCCAAAGAUCAACAGCUGAGAAGGGAAAUAGAGGAGAAAGAGCAACAACUCUGGUGGCAGGGCUGCGACCUGACCCCACUGGUGGGCCGGCUAUCCCUGGGUCAGCUGCAGGAGGUCAGCAAGGCCUUGCAGGACACCCUGGCCUCCGCCAGUCAGAUUCCCUUCCAUGCAGAGCCACCGGAAACCGUAAGGAGCCUCCAGGAAAGAAUAAAAUCCCUCAACUUGUCACUUAAAGAAAUCACUACUAAGGUGUGUAUGAGUGAGAAAUUCUGCAGCACCCUGAGGAAGAAGGUUAACGAUAUUGAAAUGCAACUACCAGCCUUGCUUGAAGCCAAAAUGCAUGCCGUAUCAGGAAACCAUUUCUGUACAGCUAAAGACCUCACCGAGGAGAUUAGAUCAUUAACAUCAGAGAGAGAAGGGCUGGAGGGACUCCUCAGCAAGCUGUUGGUGUUGAGUUCCAGGAAUGUCAAAAAGCUGGGAAGUGUUAAAGAAGAUUACGACAGACUGAGAAGAGAAGUGGAGCACCAGGAGACUGCCUAUGAAACAAGUGUGAAGGAAACUACUAUGAAGUACAUGGAAACACUUAAGGAUCAACUAUGCAGCUGCAAGUGUCCACUGCUUGGGAAAGUGUGGGAAGCUGACUUGGAAGCUUGUCGAUUGCUUAUCCAGAGCCUACAACUCCAGGAAGCCAGGGGAAGCCUGUCUGUAGAAGAUGAGAGGCAGAUGGAUGACUUAGAGGGAGCUGUCUGUAUAGCUGCUCCUCCCAUUCCCCCCAGGCUCCACUCCGAGGAUAAAAGGAAGACCCCUUUGCAGGCAUUGGAAGAAUGGAAGGCUCACCUGAUCCCCUCUCUGUACUGUGCUGGAGGCGAACAGAAAGAGGAAUCUUACAUCCUUUCUGCAGAACUUGGAGAAAAGUGUGAAGACAUAGGCAAGAAGCUAUUGUACUUGGAAGAGCAACUUCACACAGCAAUCCACAGUCACGAUGAAGAUCUCAUUCAGUCUCUCAAGAGGGAGCUCCAGAUGGUGAAGGAAACUCUGCAGGCCAUGAUCCUGCAGCUCCAGCCGGCAAAGGAGGCAGGGGAAACAGAAGCUGCAGCUUCCUGCAUGACAGCUGGUGUCCGGGAAGCACAAGCCUGAGGAGAGACGGGAUGAGGGGGGACGUGGGCCACCAUGUCAACAGUUUGGACCCGGGGAGCUGCUAUCCCCUCCCCCUGCAUAACUAAUGUGCCUGAAUUAAUUAUGGAGAUACAGAACCUUGAGGUCUUUCAGUGGAAAGGUGGCUCAUGUUCAUUCUCAUGAGUCUGAAACUGAGGAGUCUGCAAAUUGGAAUAUGGAGAGAGAGACGGAUUUGCUGAAUUUCCUUCCAAAUGUCACUCAAAAAUUUCUCUUUCAUGUCAUUCAUGGGAAUGUCUUGCACAGGAUUUGAGAAUAUUUUCAUCUCAGCUCCCAUUAGAGAGAAGUUGGGGUGAAUUCUGGAAAAAUGUCUCUUUUCCCUGUAGCAUUUGUCUUCUGCUGCAACUAAAAUAUUUCCUGAUUCAAGAUUCUAUAAAAAGGAAACCAAGCAUAAGACUCUGUCAUCAUACCUGUUACACGUUCCUACAGGUGCACGAUCUAAGAGAACUAAUUAACCUCAGAGUCUGGAAUUAACAGCUUUUCACCUUACUUCUCCUGUGAUCUAAUAUUAUCUUAGAAAAAUUAAUAUGCAACUUCCAAAAGGUAUUUUGGUAAGACAACAGCCUCUCAGUGGUAUACCACCUUUCAAUUUCCCUUUUGUGGCAAUGAUUGCACCUGAAGAAAGGAUCCCUGAGAGUCUGUGUUUCAUCAGGAAAUUUAUGAAAUUUACCCACAGUGAGGCUGUGGAUGGAUCAGGGGAAACCUGUAUAAAAUGUUUGAGCCUGUUCUGUUUUCCCGUGGAACCUGUUUCACUCAAUGCCAGGCAGUGCAGCAUUUAGGAAAGCAGUGCAGUACUCAGUAAGGCAGUGCAGUACUCAGUAAUAGUGCAGUACUCAGUAACACAGUGCAGUACUCAGUAAUACAGUACAAUACUCAGUAAGGCAGUGAAGUACUCAGUAAUACAAUACAGUACUCGGGCAGUGCAGUACUCAGGGAGUGCAGUACUCAGUAAGGCAAUGCAGUACUCAGUAAGGCAGUGCAGUACUCAGUAAUACAGUGCAGUACUCAGUAACACAGUGAAGUACUCAGUAAUACAGUGCAGUACUCAGUAAGGCAGUGCAGUACUCAGUAAGGCAGUGUAAAACUCAGUAACACAGUGCAGUGCUCAGUAAGGCAGUACGGUGCUCAGUAAGGCAGUGGAGUGCUCAGUAACACAGUGUAGUACUCAGUAGGACAUCACAGAACUCAGUGACACAGGGCAGUUAGUACUCAGUACUAUAAGUACUGAGUACUUAUAUAGGCAAUGUAGUACUUAGUAAAUCAGUGCAGUACUCAAUAAUGCAAGGGCAUUUCAGGCUCCUGCUGGGCUGCGUCUUUGGCCCAGCUGGGACUCCUAUUGAGACAGCUGCAAAACAGGCUGAUUUCAAUUAGGAAAUCACUUCCCAAAGUGCACUGAGGAAGGUGGCCCCAAGAGAUGCUCUCUAAACAAAGGAGUCCCCUCUUCAGUCAAGUACCUUUGAUAAAUACACCAUACCAUAAUAUCUGCUUGGAGAACCACAACGCGCAUUAGCAUAUUAGUCUGAGAGAACUUAUAGUAAGUAAACUCACUUGAUUUUAUCUAACCUCAAACUUUCCAAGCUUAAUGGAUCGUGAAUUUUUUUCAUGUAACUCCUAUUCAUAUCCCACAGAUCUAGUAUUGUACAGCACUGCAUUCUCUGAGGAAGUGCAAGUCCAAACUCUGAUUUGCAUCACUGUAGAAACCACACUCACAGUUUUGCAGAGUGUUGAGCUUAAUAACUACAUGCCACAGAUGGGUAAAUUUAAUCCAGUGGUGGUUCUGUCUGUGCUUCUGUUCUCAUAUCUGUGAUUAGGGACAGUGAUGUUCCUGCCUUCACUAGGAUCCAUGGAUAUGAGACCAUUUUUGUUAUUUCCUGAAGUCACACUGGCAUUUCCAGAAGGCAUCUGGUGCUUUGCUCAGCCUUCCAUGCUGUGCCACACUUCUGUCCUCAGUCAAGGAGAUGGCCCUGCUGAAGCCAGCAAUUGGCUGAGGUCCAGGAAACAAACCAAAAACACAAUAUGUGAAUGUGCUGAUUGUGUUCCCUAUGGCUUCAUCUUGAGCAAAAUACACUCUACAGAUUUUAAUAAUAAGUAUAAUUAGCUUGUUCCUGGACUUCAUUUUUCAAUGAUGAACUAAAUUCCUCAAUUAUUUAUAAUUGUGUCUAAAGAAAAUUAGGAACUGGUCGCAUGGCACUUGGAUUCCUUGAAUUAAUUCCAGUGAAGCAAAACUUGGGAAGAGUCAGGAUUGGCCACAUUGCCAAUAGCAAAUUCCUACUUCGACAUAUGUCUUUUUAAAAAGCCUCCCAGACACAAGACAUCUUAACCGUCACCAGCCCAAGUGUUUUGUAUUACACAGACACCAUCAUGAAAUAAUUCUGUGAGGUCAUGAUGUAUUUGAAAAUUCUGCAAGUUAAUAACUGCCUUGAAUUAUUUGAACCCCAAAUAAGGGUUCUUUGGUACCUCUAGUAGAUAGUGUGUUCAUUUCCUUGCUACAAAUUUUGAAGUAUUUGGGCAGGUGAGUAAUGUUUGAACCAUGUACUGUAACUCAUCUGUUGUCUUGGCUUGGUCUUAGAGUGUCAUUCAGAAAGCCUGCUAAGGGCCAGAGUGCUUCUUCUGGCUACACCACCUCCUCAGGACAACCCCACUGUCUUAAGCCACUUUGACCCUGGGAGACACAGGAUUUGUAUCCUCAAUCAUACUAUAGAGCAGUUUUUGUCAGGGGAACAUAAAAAUAUCCAAGAGAAGUUAAGGCUUAGAUUUAAAAGCAUCAAAACAACAACAAUAAAAAUUUAUGUUGGAGAUAGCCAAGACCAUAAGCAAAAGCACAUAUUGAAAAUGAUGAGUUAGAAUCUGAUGUGACUGGGAUGUGGUGGGGAGAAUGUGUGAUAUUAUACUGUUUGCCUUGCUGGAAUGCUGGCUUUCAAAUGGUCACCCAUUUUUCUUUCACUGGCCUGAGUUAGGACAUGCUGUCUAUCACAACAGUCCCAGUUCCAUCCAACUUUCUGAAAUUUCUUUCUUUCUUUUUUGAGAUGGAGUCUCGCUCUGUCACCCAGGUUGGAGUGCAGUGGCCCCGCAAUCUUGGCUCACUGCAACCUCC